AUGGGCCCAUGGUCCGCUGGCCCGUAUCAUACGGGAUAUUAUGCAUAUACGCAGAAGAGUGCCUUUGGUGCUGCACCACUAGGACUUGUCGUCGAAGUUGGUCAGACGGGAAACACAUUUCUCAGAGCAACCCACUCAAGGAAUUCUACACCCAUAUGCGCUGGUGCUGGGUGUUUCUGGCUCUCAUGUCGCUCGUGGUACAAGCCACCGCCAGGUGAUUUUGGAGUUCCCGAGAAUGAAACUGCUCAUGGCGAGUCUAGUCACCAUCUGAACAUCUUACAAACAACUAAACCAUCUCAGCUCACGGUCUUUGGAAACCUUUAUGGUCUAGUGAACAUGACAAUUUUCUUGCUGGUCGUCAACCUCCUUGCUGUGUUGGUCUGCGUGGAGCUCAUUCGCGGUGAUAUGAAUGACUCGAUUGGGUUAAAUUUCGGACAGUUGUGGAAUUCGUUCCUCGCUAUGUACCAGCUCUUUUCCUCCGAGAAUUGGACAAACAUCUUGUACUCGACAGCAAUUACAGGGAUUUCCCUGGGGCAGGUGGUGAUUGUGAUUAUUUUCUUAUGCUCGUGGCUUAUAUUUGCAAAUUUCAUCAUGAUGCAGAUGUUUGUCGCCGUCAUUCACGAGAACUUCAGUGUCGCAGAAGAAACAAAGAAGAGCGGAUCUGUUCGCGUCAAGGUCGAAAUCUUUCCUUCGAACCUGGUCUUACCAAUGCAGAAGACGCUUGUGCAGGAUUAUGGGGUUGUUAGACAGCACAACCGAAAUGGGGCUAGCCAUUGUGAGUUGACAGCAGUGCAAAACGAAGAGACAGGGCGUUAUCUUGAUAUUCUCGCCAAGGUGGGCAACGGCAACGACACGACUGAGAACGACCAUGACGAACAUUCCGAGUGGAAGGCGCAGAAGGCUGGCCCCUCUCGGAAUGUGUCAAACAUUGCUGCAAGAGAUUAUGAAGACUUGUCGCAGUGUCGUAUUCCAGUUUAUGCAUGCACUAACAAGAUCAAAAUUGUGCGGGGUAUUGUAAAACAGCAACACCACGAACUACAUUCACGCGUUGUGCAUUCGAACUCCGUCAGAAGACACACAUCCUCGAUAAUCUUACCACCGCCGGCAGGCAGAAGAAGAUCAGGUGGACUUAAAACUGCGAUUAGCAGCGCCAUGAGGUCACAACGAUCUGAUGACUUCGCAUCCCUCGAACACCCAAUGCUCAACCUAUCAUACCAAAGUCAUCAUGUUGAAGAAUCUACUAACGAAGCAGGUGGUGCUGAUAUCCCAGAUGCGGACGCUCCCGUGCCUCGUUGGGGUAAAAAGGCUGCCUAG